GGCAGUGGGCGGGGCUUCUUGUAAGACAGGCUGCAGGAGGGGCCACACAGAGUUGGAGUCCUCAAACGCCGGCGGGGAUUGAAACACAGCUGCACCUUGGGAGCGUUAGUUUCAGGCUACAACACAGCUCCCCGCGCCCAGCCGGGUUGGUUUUAUUGUGACUCCGCACGCGACUGAAGAAGAAAAUGUCUAACGUGAACUGGAAGCCCUUUGUUUUCGGCGGACUGGCGUCUGUGACAGCGGAGUGCGGUGAGUGAUGAGCGGAGAUAGGAGGAGAGGCGGGGAGGCCGAGCUGCGUGGUUAUCGGGUGUAAAUGUGUUUAAAUGUACCUCUUUUAUCGUGAUAUACUGUCAUCUAAAGAAGUAUUUCAAUGUCCUGUGUCGCAGGGACCUUCCCAAUCGAUUUGGCUAAGACACGUCUUCAAGUCCAAGGCCAAGUGGGGGACAUUAAAUACCGAGAGAUCCGCUACAGAGGCAUGCUUCAUGCUAUAGUGAGAAUAUGCAAAGAGGAGGGGCUCCGAGCUCUGUAUUCAGGGUCAGUAUGGAGGAUUCAAGUGCUUCAAUGUGUCUCUUUAAGUUUGCCCUUCAAUUUUUUCUAAUUUUAUCCGUAUUCAAGUGGCUAUUUAUUGUAAUCCCACUGUACGGGGAUUUCUACUACAUUUUUUCAGUUCCUCGUUUUUGCACACUUCCUGGUUUUGUGACAUUGUCUUAAUUACAAGUGUCUGAACCCCACUAUGUGUGGGCAUGCUUUUGAAUAUUUGAUUUACAAUGUUUACACCUGAUAUGGAGUAAUUAUUCUUUACAUAAGAAACAAAACAAGUAUGAUAUGUGAAAACCUCCUUUUAAGAACUCGUCUGACUAUCCACAUAAGUCUGUCACCUACUGGUCUCUCAUAGUCGUAUGUUUUCACAGUCCUCUUCCAAAGCUUGCACAUUAGCCACUGUUGUAUGUUGUGUGUCUGCAAAGCCCCUGAGACAUUAUGCACAAGAGUGAUGAAAAUAAACUUGACUUUUACAGAAUUGCUCCCGCCAUGCUUCGGCAGGCCUCCUAUGGGACCAUAAAAAUUGGCACAUACCAGAGCUUGAAGCGCCUGUUUGUCGACCGACCAGAGGGUAAGUCUCAGUGUCUCUCCGUUUUUCCUCUCACACACACACACACUCUCUCUCUCUCUUUUGGGCAUCCGGGGACACAUGCACAUUCCUCACGAAGGGGAGGGUGCAGAUGUGCGUGUGACCUAUUUACAUGUCUGUUUAUAUUGUCACACCAAGAGCUUAAUGCCUGUCUGUAAAAACACUGUGGAAACGAACUUCAGCUGAUUGCCCUGAUGCGAUGUGCAAAAUGUUGCUUGUUCACAGCCUCCCACUCUUCUUCUCUUUCAGAUGAGACGCUGCUGACUAAUGUGUUAUGUGGUGUUGUCUCUGGUGUCGUCUCCUCCUCCAUCGCCAACCCCACAGAUGUGCUGAAGGUAGCCGUUUGCUCACAAAAUGACUCUCAGACCUGUUUGUUAUUGUUUAAAUUAACCUGCCGUUGGUUGUCUUCCCGAGGCAGGAGAGCCGGUUUGACGGAUUCUUUGCAUGCAGAGAUCUGAAAACAAAAAACAAAACAGCUUGUUUGCCCUUUGCAUAGUCAUGUCAUAUACGCUGCAGUCAUUACACGAGACUUUUGAGGGGGACUGUACUUGGAAAAAACAAGAGUGCUGCUCCAGGCUGAGGGUGCGGUUUUUGGUUGCGUGUUGAGUCGAGUGAAGGGUAUCUUAAUGCUAUCAAGACUUCACUUGUAGAGUAUUUAUAGACUGAAAGUUCAACGGCUUAACAUGCUGUUCUGUAAAUGAUAGGGGAGCAUUAAUAUGAUGUGUUUCAGUGUGUGUGUGUGUGAGUGCUCCCUUAUUUGAACUCAUAAUGUUUUGCCAAGAGUCUCUCCUCCAUGCACAGUUUGGCUUGCUGACCCCCUGUCCUCUGUGUGUGUGUGUGUGAGUGUGUGUGUGUAAGGGUUAACAGACUAGUGGAUAUGGCUGCAGGUUUGGAACAUUGUGUUUUCACCAGCAGCUGAACAGAAAACAGAGACUAGUCUGUAACAGCAGCCAUUUUAAGUGAAAGCAGGUCUGAGGACUUUCUGGCAAAGUAGACAGAAAUAAUUUCCUUUUCGACAGCCUGCCUGCCAAAAGUCUCUUUGCUUUCACAUUCCGUUGUGAUUUCCGUAAAACAAACUCUGAGCUUUGAUCAGCGGACCUGCAGAGUUCCUCUCUAGUUCUGCUUUCAUUUUCUCAAGAACAAAUUUAUAAACUGUGCCUCCAUCUGUCCUUGUAGAUCCGCAUGCAGGCUCAGGGAAAUGUGAUCCAGGGCAGCAUGAUGGGCAACUUCAUCAACAUCUACCAGGAGGAGGGGACCAGAGGGCUGUGGAAGGUACAGAAGAGUUCGAAUAAUGCUGAGUGGCUGCUUACUUUGACAAUACUCUGACAACAUCCUCUCUCCCUUCAAAAGGGCGUCUCUCUAACAGCGCAGCGGGCGGCCAUCGUGGUGGGGGUCGAGCUGCCAGUCUAUGACAUCACCAAAAAGCAUCUGAUCAUGUCGGGUUACAUGGGGGAUACCGUGUACACACACUUCUUGUGAGUUUGCAGGGUCACAUGGAAAUCACUCACAUGUAGGGCAUGUGGUGGUUACAUCACUGGGAAGAAAGGGCUGGUCUGAUGAAAAUUAGGCAAUUGGAGGGAAAACUAAAAGCAGCCUUUUCAGUUUUAUGAUUAUCACAACCAUUCUGAGUUAUAUAAGACAUUUAGUGGCAUCUUGGGGUAUCAUUGUGAAUUUUUUUGUUGUUUCUUUUGAAAUAGUAAUUAAAGACAAAGAAAGUUUGAAUCUUAGUUGACUAAACACUUAAGUCUGUCACACAGGUUGUAGUAAAAGUUGGUGAUUUUAUUGAGAAACAGAAAUUUGAUGGGAUGGAUUAGCUGACUAUCAUAUUUACCUGCAUCUUGUCGUCUUCCAGGUCCAGCUUUGUGUGUGGUCUUGCAGGGGCUUUGGCCUCCAACCCUGUAGAUGUCGUCCGGACACGCAUGAUGAACCAGAGAGGAGCAGCUCUGUACCAGGGGACACUGGACUGUUUACUGCAGGUUAGACUCACUUCACAGAAAGAGUAAAAUCAACAAUUCACUCCUGAAGGUGUCCACUCUAGAAGGUGUCCACUGUUUCUGCAUUGAAGGAUAAGUCAACUCACUGCAGAUCCAACUAUUCAGCUUGUAAAAACAGUUUGAUGAAGUCCUCUGCAGCUCAGUGGGGAGCUUUAAAUCUGUGAAAAUAAGUCAACUUCUCUUAGAGGCAGAGCAUAACUCACAAAAGUAGACUUUUAUUUACAUUAUUUUUAAAAGUGCUGCAGUAUUCACUUGUUUCUUAUUGACAUCCCCAAAGUUUGCAAUCCCCCUUUCCACGUGGGACUCUUCACUGGAUUACAGAUUAUAAAAACAGUUAUGUAACAAACAACGUGUACGAUACUUGUGUGUUUUGAUCAGCACAGUUCUUGUUUUCAAAAGUGUAACUGCAACCACCGGAACUGAAAGCUAGAGCGAGGCACACACAAACCACAACAAGAUGGCGACACUUACCACCACAGAGCCUCACAUCUGCCUGUGUCCUGUCUGCUCAGCUUAAAUGUCUCAGUUUAGACAGAAGUUUCAUCUGGCUACUUGUAAAGGCUUUGAAAGUCAAGACUGGAAUGUUGGAAUGUCUUUCAUUAUUUUAAUGCCAAAAGCAGAACAGUAUCAUCUCCUCUUUCAUUUUUGAGCCUUCAUCCAUUGUUUAAAGCAAAACUGAGUAGAGCUAACAGGAAGUGUGGAGUAGAGAGGGAGGAGAUGACAUUCUGUUGUUGGUUUCACUCCAAUAGGGGCGGCUGUAAUAGGAACUCUGCAUUCUUGCGUAAGACACACAUUGUACUCAGAAAGAUCAACCAAAAAUGCGAACUCAGCCGCAGGUUGAGAGACUCAUUCCUGCAGCUCUUAAUGCAAAACCCACAAGCAUAAUCAACACCGAGGACUUAAAAUUAGACCCCAAAACUCCACUGUUAUUCAAAACUUUGAUUUGUUUUUAAAUCAAUGGCAGCAAAUGUGGUCAAACUUAUUACAUUUUUGAGGUCAUGCUGAACACCAGGAUUAAAUCUUAUUGUCACUGGAUUCCCAGCCUCAGCUUAGAAAUGCCCAGAGAGGACUGAAAAAACAUCUGAGGAUAAUCAAAUAUAUGAGGUCUUUAACUUGUUUGUUUUCUUACAGACGUGGCGCUCUGAGGGCUUCAUGGCCCUCUACAAGGGCUUCUUUCCCAACUGGCUCCGCCUGGGACCCUGGAACAUCAUUGUAUCCUUUAACCAUCUCAUUAGUGAUUCAUUAGUCUGUUUUCGUACUGAAAAUCCUCUGUGACGCAAUAACUGUAGUGCUGCAGAAAUCAGCCGGAAACCAGCAAACUCUGUUAUGUAGUGAGGGACGCCCAGAAUUCCAGGGUGUGCUCGAGUGGAGGAGAGCUUAGUUUAUGAUUCUAGUUAACUCCCUUAUGUAACUUUGAAACUACUGCCUCAGUACCCCACUGCCCCCACUGGGAGGGGAGGGCUGGGGGCCUCUAUGGGGGGUAAGACGGGGUGAAGCAUGGACUCUCAAAGAGUUUCAGAAGGAUAUGAAGUGCUGGCAGCUCGUCAUCUCGCUCCAACCAGGCCUGAAAAAAAUGUAAUGAGAUUAUUGACUUGUUACAGCAGACUGAGGUAACAAGGGAGCGGUAACAAGGGAGGCUUUGAGCUCAAGUACAGACAGAGCCAGAGCUCCUCGGUGAAAAAUUUCCACUCCUCUUUCUGCUGCUCCUUAACUCUGCCUCCAGUUCUUCCUCACUUAUGAGCAGCUGAAGAAGAUCGAUGUGUGACUGACAGAAUGAGACAGCGCUGAUGAGAGGUGUAUGUGUGUACGCUCCGAGGCGAGCAGAGAGGACCAAAAAUCGGGAAUGGCUGGAUGGGGAUCCUUAAUGGAACCACUGCACAGGGGGGACAGUAUUGAUGUAGACCCACGCAUGACAGGCGGCAUGAGAAUCUGUCUGCUUCCUGCUUGGGCUGCGUGUCACAUAAAGCCUGUGGCAAGUGUUGAAGACACUCAUAUCUGAUGUUUCAGCUCAUCCAAAUGCUAUGUUAAGCUUAAAAGCUCUUUGAAUUUGUUUGUGGCCCUCUAAAUUCAUCGGAGAGAAGUUUUCAAUGUCACAAUAGUCUAAAACUUUUGUUGAUGAGGCUUUUUUUUCCAGAUUUCUGCACCUAAAAGUGUUCUCCAAAUUCAGUGCCUUAGCUUGUGAUGCAGGCUGUCUGCACGCAAACUGCAUUAAGACUGUGAAUGUUUGAUUGGAGCUGACAAUCGCAGAGAUCAUUCCCUUUUCAAAGGACAAAUGUUUGACACGGACUUUGAUCUUACCCUAGUUUGGUUCUUUUCUAUUUCUCUAAAUUGGGAUUUGAGUGUUUUGAAAGGGGGAAAUAUUUAUUCAAAGAGUCUCUGGAGGAUUUACAGAGUCAAGUGCCAAGAAUACGCGCCGGUCUCCUGUAAUGAAUAAUCGCCUGAAGUUCUGUGUGGUGCUCAGACACAGACCCACACAUCACAUGCCCUUAUGAGGCCAGACUGGUGGUCCCUCAUUCCACUGAGUGCAGACAGUAAAUAUAACCUUGGGCAGCUGGGCGUCUAGCUCCCUGGGUCCUUAUGUUAUCAUAUACUGUACAGACUGACACAAAUGCUAUAUCAGCCUACAUGUUGUAUAACACUGCUUUAUUUUUGGACCAAUGGGACUCAGUGUUACCCAGGGGUGCUUUAUUUAUUGCCUAAGCACAUUCAAACCACUGAACAUGAUCCACUUGAGAGAUAUUUUCAUCAACAGUAUUACACGCUGUUUGCUGAUACGUGAGCUUUAGCUAAGAGUGAGUAUCCUGCUGGUGUUUGUGUGUGUGAGAUGCAAUUUCUGCCAAAGUGUGAGACACUGCAAUUUUGUCAUCCAUAUAAAUGUGCUGUAGCCUUGAAUAUUUGGAAUAAACAAGGAAAAAGCCUUUUCA